AUGAUCCUCGGCCCUAUAACCCUCGUUGACUGCGGAGUUUUUCUCAUAUUUCUUGCGCCUCAGCUCAUAUGGAACGCUGGAUUCUUUCUUACUCUGUUCACGGCCCUCAAGGCUUUGCCAUUUCUAUUAAUACAACUACCCUAUGAAUUUGUCACCGAUCGUUACUUGACUCACCCGAGUCGACAACUCGCAUUUACACAGACGGCCACAGUGUUCGAGGAUUUCGUGAUACGCUGCGUACGAUAUGCGUUUGCUCACAUGCCCGCCAAAGUUGGGAGGGUCUUCUUUGGCAAAUACGUUGCACUGCCAUUCACUCGGUGGCGGAUGCUUCGACAUGGCUACAUCAGGUCUCCAGUGCACUAUCGAGAGUAUAAUAUAGGACAAGGAGCUAUUCAAACCAAAGGUACCUGGAUUAUGCACCGACCAGAGCAUCCUCCGGAUUUUGUCCUCUAUUAUGUCCAUGGCGGUGGUUUCCUGAUGGGUUCAACUUACUUUUAUCUCGAGUUUCUUAUGACCUGGCAUCACCUCCUGGUCGAAGCUGGAUUCAAAAACCCGGCCAUAUUUGCGCUUGAAUACACUUUGGUGCCCGAUCGAGUAUACCCAAGACAGGUUCUGGAAGCACUGGAAGGUUACAAGCAUGUUCUCGAAGUUGUCAAGGACGCCUCCAAGGUCUGCGUCUCAGGCGACUCAGCUGGUGGCUCAUUGAUCCUCAGCAUGCUGCUCGAAUUGGGUGCCCAAGCAGGCAGCCAGGACAAAGGCGUCAAUUCCGGUAUCCGAGGUAACCUUACUGAUCUUGAUCCACCACAUCUACCCUUGCCCCGAAUGGCAACACUUAUCUCGCCAUGGAUAACCCUCAUGUCGAAGUUGCACUAUAAUUCCAAAAGUGACUUCUUGGACAAGCGUACUCUGUGGAAGUAUGCACAAGAGUAUGCGGGUGAAAACAUGAUCCAACAGCAGCCAGCCUCCCCCGGAAAUUGCAUCGACGACAAGCUCUGGAGAGCAGCCAGUCCUGAACGAGGAUAUUUUAUCAUCUUUGGGGAAGAAGAGGUCUUUGCCCCAGAUGCUGAAGACUUUCUCAAGAGACAGGCCAAAAUUGGUGUUCAGGCCGAAGGACAGAAAUUUGAUGGGGGCAUCCACGCAUGGCCAAUAGCCUCGCUGUUCCUUUCGAGCACAGAGGAGCGGCGACUACAAGGGCUUCGAACUGCUGUCAAGGAGAUUAGAAGACGAAUGUUUGAGUGGGGUACAUUGAACGGUGAUAAAGUGUAG